AUGCGAAGUCUUCCAAACAUAGAGGGUGAUGGCGAGGCCCUCCGGAAUGGGAUGGAACGUCUCAGUACAUCCGAUGUAGAACACCAAUGUAACAAUGUCCACGCGGACAAAAUGCAUCAACAGGUCGGACUGGGGUCGCUUCCCCGACUCUCCGUGAAUGCCAUCAACACUGACGACCUUGAGUCCAUGUUCACAAAGUCUAAAAUAUCGAGGAAGAAAAAGCCUUGGAUGUACAAACGUCAAGACGUGAGAUUCAGAUUUUACUACACUCACUUCGACCCAUUGUACGAUGAUUUCAUGAUACGGGUCUGUUUGGAGACACUGUUUGACCAUAUCGUCAGUCGAAUACAACCCAAGGACCAGAACAAUCUACGGUUACAAACAAGGACAGAGUGCAGAUACCCCGUUGAAUACGAGGGCAGAUUGUAUGCUCUGUCAGGUAUCCCGGACUACAUGCUCAACUACAGUGCCGAGGAGAGGAAGGCUAUUAAGCUCGUCGUCGUCGCCGCGAAGCGGGCUGAUUUUGCUUGUUGCUCACGGAACACACGUUAUACAUGCUGCGGUUGGAACCAACUAGCUGCUUAUAUGAGUAUGAUCCACUCCUAUCGAAAGGCCCGCGGGAAAAAGGACUGUGUUGUAUAUGGCUUACGGACCGAUGCCAUUGGCUUCUGGUUCUAUCGCAUCGCUAAUAAUGGCAAGAUCACUUCCAAGGUGCUAAAAGCCAGAGUUGGGCCACGUUAUAUCGACUACGAUAACAUUACAGGUCUCAUGGCCUCUAUUUUCAAAGAAGCUUUAAUUCGGUCGCCGAUUUCCAGAGAGUCAACAGGUAACGAAGAUCAAACGGGCGAUAAGAGUUUUUGGUCGCAGUCUGGCGAAAUUUCAAGUUCAAAUUGA